GAGGUCUGUAGCUGUAUACUAGAGGGAAAGGGAGUUGCCAGGGACUAGGAGUGAUCAAGGAGGAGAAUCAGUCCUAUGUUCUUUCCCUGGACUAGAUAGUCUUACAAGAGUCUUAGAGAGGUGAAGUAGCUAUGGGGAGCAGAAGAAUCACCCACUGAUAAUCCCAGAGUCAGGCAAGGACCUACAGAGUGGGUGUAGGAAGGAGCUAAGGGAAACAGAAGCAGGGUCUGAGGCUGAGCGGAUGUAGUCUUAGGGUUCCUGGGCUAGAACCCAGAGUAGCAGGUGGGCUCAGAUUCUCCUACCAGGGACUGGGAAAGUGGCACUAGACCUAAACUGGGAAUGGAAAACUGUUUGAGACAGUGUCCAGAGAGCUCAUCUGGUGAGAUUGUUACCUCUGAAGUGGUGAGGACUACAUAGUGAUCUGGCUAGUGGACUGAGUCGUGAAGGAGGAGCACCCUGCAUCAUGGAGAGAGAGGGGCUACUGCAUGAGCAGCCAACAGAAGGAGGUGCUAGAUGGGGUGAGAGCUAAUUUUCAGACUCGCCCAUAAAGAGGUGUAUCUGUGAAAGUGAGUGAGAAGGUCGGAGGUGCAGAAGGAACUAAGCUAGAUGAUGACUUCAAAGAAAUGGAGAGGAAAGUAGAUGUCACCAGCAGGGCUGUGAUGGAAAUAAUGACCAAGACAGUAGAAUAUCUUCAGCCCAACCCAGCUUCCAGAGCUAAACUCAACAUGAUCAACACAAUGUCAAAAAUUCGAGGGCAGGAAAAAGGACCCGGCUACCCACAGGCUGAGGCCUUAUUGGCAGAAGCUAUGCUGAAGUUUGGAAGAGAACUCGGAGAUGAAUGCAACUUUGGCCCAGCCUUGGGUGAUGUUGGGGAAGCUAUGAGAGAACUUUCUGAAGUCAAAGAUUCUUUGGACAUCGAAGUGAAGCAGAACUUCAUAGAUCCCCUGCAGAAUCUCCAUGAUAAAGAUCUGAGAGAAAUACAGCACCACCUGAAGAAAAUGGAAGGUCGACGCCUGGACUUCGAUUACAAAAAGAAAAGACAAGGCAGGCUCCCUGAUGAGGAGCUACGCCAAGCUCUGGAGAAAUUUGAUGAGUCCAAAGAAAUAGCUGAGUCAAGCAUGUAUAACCUUCUGGAGAUGGAUAUUGAACAAGUGAGUCAGCUUUCUGCUCUUGUAGAAGCCCAGCUGAAGUACCACAGACAGGCAACAGAGAUCCUACAGCAAGUUACUGCCAAGUUGGAAGAGAGAAUAAAAGAAGCAUCAACUCAGCCCAGAAGAGAAUAUCAGCCCAAACCCCGCAUGAGUCUGGAUUUUUCCAGUAGUGAGAAUACCCAGUACAAUGGAGGGAUAUCUCAGACCAGCACCCCUAAACCAACAGGUAUUCCAAUGGAUCAGCCAUGCUGCCGAGCUCUGUAUGACUUUGACCCCGAAAAUGAAGGGGAGUUGGGCUUUAAAGAGGGUGAUGUCAUUACCCUCACUAACCAGAUUGAUGAGAACUGGUAUGAAGGGAUGCUUCAUGGCCAGUCAGGCUUCUUCCCUAUCAAUUAUGUGGAUAUUCUGGUACCUUUGCCCCAUUAGGAUGGCUGACUCAUCACCUCUUGACCCAGAUAGUCAUGUUGAUACCACUGCUUUCAAACUGCUGCUUACUACACCUCACAAGUGCAAACUGCAGUGGUUAAAGUCAUCAAGUCCCACUGAGCAUCUUUGGUUUACAUGUUGUCAUGCGGCAUAGUGGUGAUGUGUGGUAUCUUCUGAGGCAGCACAACAUGGCCUGUGGAUUUGUACGCUAUGGUAUGCCAGCCCGUGGUAACCAGAGCCAUUGUUCAUAUGGUAUUGGGAAAACAAUGGCAAGCAAAAGUGAUGACUCAUGGUGAAGUAGAGGAAAUCAAGUGUGUUGUUGGGAAGAUAAUGCCUAUCACCACUGUAUUACUUUUAAGUCUUAGUUCUUGAUCAAAAGAGGGAAAAAGUUCUUGACAUUCCAUCUUUCCCUUCACAAGGAUACGGCUCACGCAGGUCUAAUAUUGACUCACCAGCAUUGUGUCUUCUGAACAAAAUGAUUUAGAAUCAGUUACUGUUCUCAGAGAGCCAGUAUAAUGUUGACCCUACGGUUUCUCUGAAAGUGAGCUACCAUUGUACUGUACGUGCUGCCUACUUGCAACUGGUUUUAUAUUCUGGAUUGUUAAUAACAGGCCUGUUCAAUCUUCAGGUAAAUUGCAAACUAUAAAAAGAAAAGGCCAGUAAUAAAGAGCUUGGGUUACAAGCCAAAUGUGUCUGCUCUUCAGAAACUUUGAACACAAUAAACAAAAUGCCAGCAAGGGGGCAGGGUGGGGAAUAAAACUAUCAUAGGUGUUAUGUAUUUCAUGUAAAGUUUUGGCACAAAAUCACAUCAUUCAAGCACUGGGAGCCUUCAGUACACUCAUACACUGGAAAAAAACCCAACAACCAACAGUCCUUUUUAUUUUUGUCUACUUUGUGUUCUUUGAACAUCAUUUGUGCAUAUUCUGCCCUCAAUGAGGACUAAAUAAAAUUGAUUUUUGUGCUGAGCAAUUGAAGACUUGUGGCUGUAUACGCAAAAACAUUUCCCAUAAGUUUAGUUCUCUUUAAUCUUCCCCACCCUUCCUGCAUUUUGUGUGUACAGUGCUGUGCCUAGCUUAUCAGCAUUCUUUUUGUAACAGUCGUAAAAGUUCUAUUAGUUUAGUUAUCCAGAGUUCUAUUUAUCUAAAUUGUACAGACUCUUUCAGAGGUUGAAUGUGCUGCUUUGGAUGUGCCACUUCAGUCCUGGAUCCCAUGAAAUGAAGGCAAUCCUACUGCUUAAUGUAUAAACUAUAUUGUGGAAAGUAUUGAUAUUUCAAAUAAAU